AUGGCCACCGUCGUGAAGCCCAUCGCCACCGAAUUCGGCCACUCUCUGCCACCCGAGGGCCCGCAUACAAUCACCAUCCACGGUCCAGGCUGGCAGACGGCCCUCGGCAUACGAGAUGGCGACCCAGCCAUUUUUGCAAGGUUGAAGUCGAUAUACCCACGCUUCUUCCCUUUCAGCUGCGCGCGGCAGUUGUCCGUCGCCCUAGCCCAGAAAUUGGGCGCCGACCCUAGCCAGGAUGGUGUCCUCAUGUUCACCGACCCAGAGACCUUCGCCUUGCACAGGGCGUACAGCACGUCACAUCACCGUAAGCAGCACAAGCUGGCCGAGGGUGACCUCUCCUUUCGCGUGGUCGAUGUGCACGGAGUCCGGCUUUAUUGCGUCGUGUACCCCCUGCCCAAGAUGCCCGGCACCAUCGGCAUCUGGCAAAACGUCGGGAACGGCCUCUCCUCCAGGGCAUCCGAAGAGCUUCUUGGGUACGUGGGCGGGGCCGAUUUCAGCAUCGUGGAGUGGUCGGGGGAGGACCUCAGUGAUGUCCCGCCGGCGUCGUACCUCCCCGAGUGCGAGGCCCAUGGCGCGCUGCGGAAGCGCAUCCGAGACUUACUGCACCGUGCGCCGGUGGAUUCAGCGGCUGUCAAGGUUGCUGAUGGGGAUGUGUAUCUAUACCCGACAGGCAUGGCGGCCAUCUGGAGGCUGAACCAAAUCCUCGUGCAGCGAGACGCGGGAACGAUUCUCGUGCUGGGGUCUGUUUUCCACAACACCUUUCAUAUGUUUGAGGAGACGACCAGUGGGAUGAAGCACUUUGGUGCUUGUGAUGCCAAAAGCGGAGUCAUGGACAAGGUUGAAGAGUAUCUCGAAGCGCACUACAAGGCCGGCAAGACGGUCAGUUAUGUCUUCGUCGAGUUUCCUUCUAACCCAAUCCUCGUGAGCGCUGACCUGAAGAAACUCCAUCAAAUAGCCGGCAAAUACCGCUUUCCCGUCGUCAUAGACGACACCAUCAGCUCCUUCGUCAACGUUGACGUGCUCCCCGUGGCCGACCUACUCAUGACAAGCCUCACCAAAUCCUUCUCCGGCUACGCAGAUGUGAUGGGCGGAUCUGUGGUCCUUAACCCGCUCUCGCCCUUUUACCAGCAGAUUAAGCCCUCCUUCACAGCAAACUUCCACAACGAGCUCUUUGCAGGCGACGCAGAACGGCUCCUCUCUAACAGCGAGGACUACAUUCCCCGGUCUACCAUCCUCAAUCGAAACGCCGUCGUCAUGGCUGAGUUUUUAGCCACCGAGGCCGCUCGCCCGGGUUCACCCAUCAAGGCAGUGUUGUACCCCAGCACGAGCGACACGAAAACUAAUUACGAGGCGUUCAUGCGCCCCGCCACGCCGGACUUCGCACCCGGCUAUGGUUGUCUGCUAUCCGUCGACUUCAAGACGCUCCCGGCGGCGAAAGCCUUCUACGACAACCUCUCCGUGCACCAGGGCCCGCACCUCGGCGCACACAAGACCUUAGCGGUCCCGAUGAACGCCUUGGUGUGGGGCAAGGAUCCAGAGCAGACCGUAUACCAUGCAGCGUAUGGGGCUGGUGAGGAGCAGAAGAGUUGGUGGCCGUCGUAA